GCCUGCGGGAAGAGGGGUCCCUGAGGCGGCGGCGGCGCAGUCUGGCCCGAGGGGCUCCUGAUGGAGGCGGCGGCGGCAGCGGCAGCGUGCCUGCAGCCUGCCAAAGCCAUCAGGCCCAUCGACCGUAAAUCCGUUCAUCGGAUCUGUUCGGGACAGGUUGUGCUGAAUCUUGGCACUGCCGUCAAGGAGCUGGUGGAAAACAGCCUGGAUGCGGGAGCUACCAACAUUGAUGUAAAACUUAAAGAUCACGGAGCAGAACUGAUUGAGGUUGCAGAUAACGGAGAUGGAGUAGAAGAGGAAAACUUUGAAGGCUUGACUCUGAAACAUUAUACAUCAAAGAUACAAGAUUUUUCUGAUCUAAUACAUGUUGAAACAUUUGGGUUUCGAGGUGAAGCUCUGAGUUCGUUGUGUGCAUUAAGUGAUGUUACUAUUUGUACUUGUCAUAAGUCUGCAAAGGUUGGGGCUCGUUUGGUGUUUGAUCACAAUGGUAAAAUCAGUCAGAAAGCGCCUUUCCCACGGCAGCAAGGAACGACUGUUAGCAUUCAGCAGCUCUUUUACACGCUGCCCGUGCGGCACAAGGAGUUUCAAAGGAACAUUAAAAAGGAAUAUGCAAAAAUGGUCCAGGUACUGCAGGCCUACUGUAUUGUUUCAAAAGGAGUGCGGAUUAACUGCACUAAUCAAGUUGGCCAAGGGAAAAAAAGCUCUGUGGUAUCAACUACUGGAAGUCCUAGUUUAAGGGAAAACAUUGGAGCUGUAUUUGGGCAAAAACAGUUGCAGAGCCUCAUUCCAUUUGUUCAGGUACCUCCUAAUGAAGCUGUUUGUGAAGAAUAUGGAGUCAGUGCUGCUGACAUGCCCCAAAAUUUGUACAGUAUUACAGGCUUCAUUUCUCGUUGUGAUCAUGGUGUUGGAAGGAGUACAACAGACAGACAAUUUUUCUUUAUCAACCAACGUCCGUGUGAUCCAGCAAAGGUUGUCAAGCUUGUGAAUGAAGUUUAUCACUUAUACAAUAAACACCAGUAUCCAUUUGUUGUCCUUAACAUUUGUGUAGAUUCCCAGUGUGUUGAUAUCAAUGUAACUCCAGACAAAAGGCAAAUUUUGCUGCAGGAGGAAAAGCUUUUAUUAGCAAUUUUAAAGGCUUCUCUGACAGAGAUGUUUGCUAGUGAUGUGAACAAACUGAAUGUUAAUCAGAAACUUCUGGACAUUGCAGGCAACUUGAAGAAGACUCAUCCUGAAGAGACAGAAAAGUCUCAGGUAGAAAUGCUGCCUGACUCUGAGACUGAAAAUCCAAGUGGUGAAGGAAAAAGAAAAAUGACUCUUGCCAGAUUAAGGGAGUCAUUCUCUCUCCAUCAAACAACUGAGAGUAACUCUCGAAGUCAUAAAAAGAUGAAACAGCGUCACAGCUCCCUUAGACAAAUGUCAAUUGAUACCUCUUGGAAUAAAGAUUCUGAGAGUUGUCAUAAGGUGGACUCCAAGAUGUCAAUUCCAAGCACAUAUCUGAGAAAAUUAGAAGAUAAUGCAGAUUCUGGAUUCUAUAGCACUUCUGAGUCAGAUGCUGGCUGUAAUACACCAGAAGCUGGGACCUGUGUCAAUAGUGAAAGUGUAAUUAAUCCUCCCAAAGAAGAGUUCUGUAGCUCAGAAGAAAAGCUUCCAAAUGAAUGUCUUAAAAAUGUUGGAUGUAGUGAGAAAUCAUUGGAAUGUGAUGUUCAGAUCUUGGGCACUGAACAUGAGUUAAAUCAAGUGAAUGACUGGACUAAUCAAAAUAAGUUGUCUCAAGAAGACAAUAGCUCUUCCCCAAGAGCAAAACGUUUUAAAAGCAGAAGCUUUAAAAGUGAAGCAGUUGACUUGAAGGCAGGUAAAUGUCCUGAAGCGAAGAAUACUAGGAACUAUAUGCCAAGUGUUGAUGUACUAGUGGAAGUUAAAAAGAAAACUGUGCCACUUGAAUUCUCUAUGAAGGUUUUAGCAGAAAAGGUAAAAAAGUUAAUACAGCAGCAACAGAAAAAUGCAGAAACACAAAAAUACAGAAGAUUUAAAGCAAAAAUUAAUCCCGGAGAAAAUAAAGUAGCAGAAGAUGAAUUAAGAAAAGAGAUCAGUAAAGAAAUGUUUGCAAAAAUGGAAAUCAUUGGCCAGUUCAAUUUGGGGUUUAUAAUAGCAAAGUUGAAUUCUGAUCUUUUCAUAAUUGACCAACAUGCUACUGAUGAGAAGUACAACUUUGAGAUGUUACAACAACACACUGUUCUUCAAGGUCAGAAGCUGAUAGCGCCUCAACAUCUCAAUUUAACAGCUGUAAAUGAAUCAGUGUUGAUUGAAAACCUGGAAAUAUUCAGAAAAAAUGGAUUUGAUUUUGUCAUAAAUGAAAAUGCUCCUGUAACUCAAAGAGUUAAAUUAGUGUCAUUGCCAACAAGCAAAAACUGGAGUUUUGGUCCACAAGACAUAGAUGAGCUGAUCUUCAUGCUAAGUGAUACCCCUGGAGUCAUGUGUAGGCCCUCCAGGGUGAGACAGAUGUUUGCUUCUCGAGCUUGCAGAAAGUCUGUGAUGAUUGGAACUGCAUUGAAUGUGCAGGAAAUGAGAAAACUGAUCACCCAUAUGGGUGAGAUUGAGCAUCCCUGGAACUGCCCCCAUGGAAGACCUACUAUGAGGCACAUAGUCAGUUUAGACUUGAUUUCACCAGAAUAAAUCAGGUUCUGUUUGUUAACAUCUUUUAUUGUAAUUCUUGGUGAUAUUUUGAGCUUUUAUCAUGACUCUCAUUUUGAGUAAGAAAGUUUUAAUCGAUUUUUACAUUUGAAGACAAUUAACACUUAGAGGCAUUUAGCAGAGUUUCAUUGCUAUUCCUGUCAACAUUGACAUACUGGAAUUCAUGUGUAAAUAACAUUUCUUUUAUUG